AUGUGUUUAUCGCGCAAAAUAAAUCGAAUAUUACAACGACGAACAAUCAAAAACAGAUCAAGAUGCGGUGCACCACGAACCGUUCGAACGGAACAAUCGAAGAAAAAAGUGAAACAGUUACUCCAUUUAAAAAAGAGGCAAAGUCAAAGAAAAGUGGUAUUUGGAUUACAACGACACAACAUUAAAGGUAAAAGAACAUCAGUGCAAAGAACAAUUAAGGAAUUAAAUUUGAAACCAAUUAAAUUGAAAAAAGCACAAAAGUUGACAACGUUAAACACACAGCAACGUGUUAGUUGUGCGAAAAAAUUAAUUCAAAAAUUUGGCCCAAGAAAGAAUGGUCAGAAAUGGCAAUGGAACAAGAUUAUUAAUACUGAUUUUUCUGGAAUAUUAACAAUCGAAGGUUUUCGGAAUAAUGAAAAUGAUGUCAUUUAUGCUGAACAUUCAUCUGAAAUUCCUGCUGAUUUAAGAGAAGCAUCAGUAGUAAAAUUUCCAAGUGGUGUCAUGUUUUUGGGAGCUAUUAGCACCAAAGGCUUGAUACCUCAAAGUUGUCCUUUCAAUUUUACUCAAUGGUUACAAGAUCAAUGCCCGCUUGAUAAACGUAAAAGAAUCUACAUGAUCGGUGAUUUGUAUGCUGAAUUUUUACGUGAAGAAGCUGUUCCAGCAAUCAAUGAAGUGGUGAAAAAUUUAGACGAAGUCAUAUUCCAAGAUGAUCAAGAUUCAAAACAUCGAACGAAAGUAGCUAUGGACGUUGUUUAUGAUCAUUUCGAAGAAAGAAUAGAACCAAAUGAUGGAGAUGCCACGUUUGCAGAUGUGUGGCCCAUUAAAAGCAUUUGGGGAAUCCUGAAGGAAAAAACAAGAGGAAAGAAGUUUCAAACUCUUGAUUUACUCGUUGAUUUCAUUAAUUCAGAAUGGCAAAAAAUCACACCUGAUCAAUGUGAAGCAAUGCUAGAUAACGUACCUAAGCGCCUUGCGAAAGUGGUACAACUGGAUGGAAAUCAAGUUUAUGAGCACUGA